UGGUAUUGCCCAUGGUAGCAAGAUUAUAAAAGAUGUAGUAGUACUAGUUGGGUUUUUGGUUCCUUGUGUAUUUGCACAUUUUUAUAUAUUUUUUUUCUAUUAAUUUGCACUUGUGCACACUUGAAUUCUUCUAGUUAUAACCUCUAUAAUUAUAUGCCAUUUCAAGUGUUCUUUUACUAUAGUUGAAAUCUAGCACUUGGAGGAUUUUUAUAUAUGCGAGAUAGAGGAACUAUUUUCCCCUUGAAUCUUUAUCGGUGCGGUAGUUUCAUUCAUAUUUCUUGCUUCUUUAUAUAGGAGGUUACUGCUAAAAACGAUUUAAGAAAAGGUCUUUGCUUUUUUUUUUUUUUUGGUCUUUUAAGCUUUGGUGGGUGAUUAGUUGCAUCUUGUCCAUAUAUUGGAUCUUGUCAGUGUGAAUGAGAGUUCUUGCUUUCUGAAGUUUGGUUCAUUAAGCCAUUAUGUGGACAAAGAUUUUAUAAAUGAAACAACUAUUACUUGCUAUAUCUCGUCAUUGGCUCAUUCCUUAGGUGCUUGGUUGAGAUUAAAUCCGUGCAAAUGGUCCUUCUCUGUUUUGCUUGAUUGUGACACACAUAAUAAAGUCCAAACAUGUCAUCACUCUCAACACAGAGGCUGUGGCUAUUCCUCUCAUCCUUCUUGUGUUCUUAGUCCAUGUUCGUUAACCUUGCUUUGACCCUCAUAACCUCAUGUAAUUAGCUUAAGAACGCUAACUCGGGCACUGCUAAAUAGAAGGGUCCUACAAUGAAGUUUUUUCAUCUGCCGUCAUGCAAUUUCUAUACCAUGGUUACGGGUUUACUUAAUCGGACCUGUAGGAGCUUAAACUGCUGGUCCUGUUCUUUGUUGUUGUACUUACCUUCCAUCUUUAAUUGCACAAGUAUUGUGUCGUUUCUUCUUUCUGAAAUUAUUUGCCGCUUGCCUGAUUUUACCAGUUUGCUAGGAUUAUUAGCAUAUUGUCAAAGUUGCUACUUCUUUUCUUCCUCUACAAUUACUAAAGUUAUGGGCUAGUGACACAAAAUCGAGGGGUCUUCCGCCAAGAUAUUUAAUGUUCUCGUACACUGUAUUCCUCCAAUCCAAGGUCCCUGUCUACAGAGGACCAUAGCUAUUUAAAUAAACAUGUGAAUAGUUCAUUUUUAUUGCUGAAUGCUGUCUUUUUGAUAUGUGGCCUGACAUGAUUGCCACGUUUUAGCUUUGUAGAACAAAUAUAUUAUGGACAACAUCAACUAGGAUGAAAAUGUUGAUUUUCAAAAUCAGGCACAACAAUGACCUCUUUGAUACAGGAACAACUUGCAUAAAAGGAAAGGAAGAUUUAUUUUAUAUAUUUAUGAACAUGAGCGAAGCAAACCAAGGGAAUAAUCCUGAUGCAUCAGCAAUUGUCCCUGUGAAGCGCAAGCGUGGUCGUCCACGUAAGUAUCCAAAGUCAGGUCUAGAUCCCGCAAGGGAUUCUCAUGCUCCAAGGGGUCAUAAUCCAAAUCAUGGGGAGAGGUAUCGUGUUCCACCUGAAUCUGUAGGAGUCCAUGGAAAUCAGCCCCGUCAAGUAGAUCCAGUUAACAAUCCAACUGACCUCAUGGUGGGUCAGACAGUUCAUGGCAUCAUUGAGGCAGCAUUUGAUGCUGGAUACUUGCUCACUGUCAGGGUUAGCAACUCAGAAACCACUUUGAGGGGUGUUGUUUUUAAGGCUGGACAUUAUGUUCCUGUUUCUGCAGACAAUGAUGUCGCCCCGGGUGUUCAAAUGAUUAGGAGAAAUGAGAUGCCACUCCCAAGAGAAAACUAUGCUCAAGUCCAUAGCCAUAAUUCUCGAUCUAGAGAGAGAAAUGGAAAUGUCCAUGCAGCUCGAGUUGCUAAUCCAGUAGUCUCCAAAGGCAAACAGGUGUCUUCAGUGGCAACUGAAACUCCUUCUGGGGUCUCAGGAGGCAAUUUGGUGCCUGCUGUACUCCAGCCCAUUAAUUCAUCAAAUGGGCCUGCUGGGGAACCGUCUUCAAUUGCAGCCCAACCUGACCAUGCAAUGGCCUCUAAAGGGAAACAGGUGCUAGUUGAUGCACAUCCAUCAAAUGGAUCAACACCUACAGAACAAGUGCAGGCUGUUCAAACCCAUUUGCAGUUUCAAUUUCAAAAUAAUCGCCAGGUAACACCUUCAGGCAUACAGCAGGAAGCUGGUUUGCCGAAGUUACUGCAAGAGGCUGAAGCUAAAUCAAUGGAGUUACCUGCUAUGCCUUUUGAGAGACUGUUAACUGAAGUCAUCAAGAGAAAUCAGGUUCCAACGCAGUCAACAGAGACUGAUACCAGCUCAGCUGGUAAGUUGUCUACUAAAGAUUCUAGCAUUGCUACUGAAGAUGAUGUCAAUGACUCGGACCAGGCACUUUCUGUUGAGCCCCUGCAAGCUGUACAGCCUGAUCUACAUAAUCACCCUACAGUUGUGUUGACACCUUUGGAGAAUUAUAGAACCGGAAAAAUGACUGAGCUGUUGCAGAAGGUUUUGCAGGAAAGAAUGACAGAGAACAAGACAACUCAUGCACAGGAUCUAACUGCAGAUCACAAACCAAAAUUAGAUGAGUGGAGAAGCCAAGAACCUGAGGAUGGAGAUGAAGGCAGUGGUCAUUCUAAGAACCGCUCGCGAUCAUCAAGUGUCUGAUGCUGCUGGAUCAGAUGUUUCCUUGAGCAAUAAUAUGCCUGCUACUUAUUCGUCUAGCAAGUUCAAGGACAAUUUUCAGCAAUCUAUUAUAUCUUUAGAAAGUUCAUUACAUUAGAAUAGGUAAAGGCUAUAUGUCUGAACCUUAAAAAAAUCAAAUACCUUUUCGUAAGCUCAGGUUUACAGGUAGAUAAGAGAACUAGUUGGACGUUGUUUAGCAGUUGUAAGUUAUAUAUCAUAGUUUGAAGUUUAUAGCUCGUUAAAAAUACAGCUCAAAUGUCCUGCUCAUAUGCCCAGGGAUUUAUGAUCCAAUGUUAUAGAUACAUGUUUUACAUA